UCCUCACCUCGCCGCCAUGGCUGCCUACAAAUUGGUGCUGAUUCGGCACGGCGAGAGCGCCUGGAACCUAGAGAACCGCUUCAGCGGCUGGUACGACGCCGACCUGAGCCCGGCGGGCCACGAGGAGGCGAAGCGCGGCGGGCAGGCGCUGCGAGAUGCUGGCUAUGAGUUUGACAUCUGCUUCACCUCAGUGCAGAAAAGAGCAAUCCGAACCCUCUGGACAGUGCUGGAUGCCAUUGAUCAGAUGUGGCUGCCAGUGGUGAGGACUUGGCGCCUCAAUGAGCGGCACUAUGGGGGUCUGACUGGCCUCAAUAAAGCAGAAACUGCUGCUAAGCAUGGAGAAGCCCAGGUAAAGAUAUGGAGACGCUCCUAUAAUGUCCCGCCACCUCCAAUGGAGCCAGAUCACCCCUUCUACAGCAAUAUCAGUAAGGAUCGUAGGUAUGCAGACCUCACUGAGGAUCAGCUGCCCUCCUGUGAGAGUCUGAAGGACACCAUUGCCAGAGCUCUGCCCUUCUGGAAUGAAGAAAUUGUCCCCCAGAUAAAGGAGGGGAAACGGGUUCUGAUUGCAGCCCAUGGCAACAGCCUUCGGGGCAUCGUCAAGCAUCUGGAGGGUCUCUCUGAAGAGGCCAUCAUGGAGCUGAACCUGCCAACUGGUAUUCCCAUUGUCUAUGAAUUGGAUAAGAACUUGAAGCCCAUCAAGCCCAUGCAGUUCCUGGGAGAUGAAGAGACCGUUCGUAAAGCAAUGGAAGCUGUGGCUGCACAGGGCAAGGCGAAGAAAUAAAGGCAAAUAGCAGACUAUUGUACCAAG